UUGAAUAGACUUAUGUACUUUUUCAGGUGCAGUAAACAUGGGCAAGAAUGCAACAAUAAUCCCACGCAAUGCGACAGAUAAAGCAUUGUUUCUUUUCAUGGUAAUAGGCAUACCAUUUGGAGUCUUCUGGCUGGGAUUUGUUAUACUGCCGCAUUACCAUGAUGAGUUGAAUUCCAUUGUAGUGAUGCAUAUUAUUGCAGUGGUAUUUAUCACCUACAAUGUAUUCCACAAUCUUCUCCUUGUAAUAAGGACAGAUGCCAGUGGACGAACCUCCUUUCUGCCUUCUGUGCUCAAACCUGGUUGGAGGUAUUGUGCAAUUUGUCAAGUGAAUUACCCUCCGAGGUCAUAUCACUGCCACAUAUGUGAUGAAUGCAUACUGAAGAGGGAUCACCACUGCAAUUUACAGAUUGGAACUAAAUCUGAUCUGAUGAAAGUCAAUAUUUAA